AUGAUUCCUGUUCGCUCAGCAAUCCGAUCGGGACCUUAUCGGCGAUGUCGGCCGAGUACCCUCUCACCCCUCUCGACCCCCUCCCCACGAGCAUCGCUCAGUACGGUCGCGCGGCCGCUGGGUACCGCGCAAGCUGCUCCAUCCUCACGCGCCUUGCCACUGGCGAUCCGGAGCCUCCACUCGACCUCUUUGCUCGGGAAGGACAACAAGCGAUGGGUGAAUUCUGCGGAAUCGCCGAAUGGCAAGAACGCCGAGGAUGGCGAGGGGAGUUCAGAGGUGUCUGAGACGACAGAGAAGGCUGUAGACGGCGCAGAGGAGGCAGAGAGCUCCAAGGCCGCUGAGAAGCGUGCCAACGCUCAAAUCGACGCUGCUGGCGAGGCGUCUGCAGAGGUCAAGGCUUCUGCCUCUGGCUCUUCCUCCUCUGCUUCAUCCAGCUCCGCACCACCCGCUGCUGCUUCGUCAGCGGGCUCAGGCUCCGGAUCGGACUCGAGCUCUUCCCCUUCUCCCGAUUCCACCCCGAAAACAGGCAAGGAAAUAGCCAAGCCCUCGAUCCCGGAAUUUUACCCCCAGGUGCUCGCUCUUCCCAUUACCCGCCGCCCCCUCUUCCCCGGCUUCUACAAGGCCGUCACCAUCACCUCCCCGUCAGUCAUCAAGGCCAUCCGUGAGCUCCUGGCGCACGGUCAACCGUAUAUCGGGGCUUUCCUCCUGAAGGAUUCGGCGUCCGAUUCGGACGUCAUCACCUCGAUGGACCAGGUUCACCCCGUAGGUGUCUUUGCGCAGAUCACAUCGGUGUUUGGGUCGGCGGAGGCGAACAAGGGCGGAGAAGGCGGAGAGAGCAAGCCCGAGACGCUCACGGCGGUGUUGUAUCCCCAUCGACGGAUAAGGAUUGACGAGCUCGUGACGCAGAUCCCGGCACCGAGCGGGGAGCCGCUGAAGCUCGCGGAUGUGGUAGAUGCGGUGCAUAGGCAGGAGACGGAAGAGGAUGUGCCGAGCUUUGAGAAGGGGGUGCCGAGUGUUGAGGAGGUCAAGGAGGAUCUGGGAUCCGCUGCAGAGUCGAAAGAGCAGUCAGGUGAGCUUUCCGAAACACCUUCAAACCCACCAUCUCCCGUUGCGUUCCUCCACGGGCUCCUCCCCAACAUCUCCCUCACGAAUGUUUCGAACAUGACGAUCGAGCCGUACAAGAAGGACUCGCAGACCGUCCGGGCGAUUAUGAGCGAGUUGAUUUCGGUGUUCAAGGACAUCGCUCAGCUCCAGCCAAUCUUCCGAGAACAAAUCACCAGCUUUACCAUGUCCAACUCUACCGCCAACGUCUUUGACGAGCCGGAUAAGCUCGCUGAUUUCGCUGCCGCCGUAUCGACCGGCGACGUUCACGAUCUUCAAUCCGUCCUCGAGUCCAUGUCGGUCGAGGACCGUCUUCAACAAUCUCUCCUCAUCCUCAAAAAGGAGUUGAUCAAUGCGCAACUCCAGAAUAAGAUUUCGCGCGAUGUGGAGAGCAAGAUCCAGAAGCGCCAGAGAGAAUAUUAUCUCAUGGAGCAGCUCAAGGGGAUCAAGAAGGAAUUGGGGAUGGAGAGUGAUGGGAAGGACAAGCUGGUCGAAAGGUUCAAGGAGAAGGCGAGCAAGCUGGCGAUGCCCGAGGGAGUACGGAAGGUGUUUGAUGAGGAGAUCAAUAAGUUGAUGCACCUCGAACCGGCCGCGAGCGAGUUCAAUGUUACACGAAACUACCUCGACUGGCUUACGCAAGUCCCGUGGGGCGUUCACUCGCCCGAGAACUUCGACAUCAACCACGCUAUCAAGGUGCUGGACGAGGACCACUAUGGGUUGAAGGACGUCAAGGACCGGAUUCUCGAGUUCUUGGCGGUGGGCAAGCUGAGGGGGACGGUAGAGGGGAAGAUUAUCUGUCUGGCUGGACCUCCAGGUGUAGGAAAGACCAGUAUUGGGAAGAGUAUUGCUCGGGCACUGGGACGGCAAUUUUACCGGUUCUCCGUCGGUGGUCUGCACGAUGUGGCCGAAAUCAAGGGUCACAGGCGGACAUAUGUUGGUGCUAUGCCCGGAAAGCCUAUUCAGGCGCUCAAAAAGGUGGCCACCGAAAACCCUCUGAUCCUGAUCGAUGAAGUCGACAAGAUCGGACGGGGACAUAACGGUGACCCCGCCUCGGCCCUGCUCGAGAUGCUCGACCCCGAACAAAACUCCUCUUUCCUCGAUCACUACAUGGAUGUACCCGUCGAUCUCUCUCGCGUCCUCUUUGUCUGUACCGCCAAUGUCCUCGACACCAUCCCCGCUCCGCUUCUGGACCGAAUGGAGGUCCUGGAGGUCAGCGGAUACGUCUCGGCGGAGAAGAUGAACAUUGCGGAGAGGUAUCUCAGUCCCCAGUCCAAGGAGUCGAGUGGGCUCAAGGACGUCAAUAUCGAGUUGGAACCGGCGGCGAUCCAGGAUCUGAUCAGGUAUUACUGCCGAGAGAGUGGGGUGCGGAACCUCAAGAAGCAGAUUGAGAAGAUCUACCGGAAAGCCGCCUUCAAGAUCGUCUCAGAUCUCGGCGAGCUUGGUCUACCCGAACCAGAGGCGCCAACACCGUCCACCGCAGCCGAUGUUCGGACAGUCGACUCUCAGCUCCCCGACACCAAACCUACCGAUGAGCUCCUCCCUGCCGAUGGUGUCUCACCUACCGUCAAGCCCGCGGCAGAAUCAGACGCAACAGACAAGGACGGCAAGACGACCGUUACUACCACUCCUCGAGCACCGCUCAAGAUCCCCGAGACUGUCACUGUCCGGGUGACGCAGGAGAAUCUGAGAGACUACGUCGGUCCCCCUAUCUACCACAAGGAUAGGCUGUAUACGUCGGCACCGCCUGCGGGAGUCAGUACGGGUUUGGGAUACCUGGGUAAUGGGUCUGGAGCGGUCAUGCCUAUCGAAGUGACUUCCAUGCCAGGGAAGGGUGGCCUGCAGCUGACCGGUAAACUCGGAGAGGUCAUCCGUGAAUCUGCCCAGAUUGCGCUUUCUUGGGUCAAGUCCAACUCUUAUGCUUUGGGCGUGACAAAGUCGGAGGCGGAGAUGAUGCUCAAUGAUCGGGAUUUGCACUUGCACAUGCCUGAAGGGGCAAUAGGCAAGGAGGGACCAUCAGCGGGAACGGCGAUCCUUACUGCAUUCGUGUCGUUGUUCACAAAGACAAAGGUGGAUCCUGAUGUGGCGAUGACGGGGGAGAUUUCGCUCUUGGGUCAGGUGCUGCCUGUUGGCGGACUGAAGGAGAAAAUAUUGGCAGCGCACAGAGCAGGCAUCAAGAAAUUGAUCGUCCCAGCUGCGUGCAAGUCGGACAUCGACGAGAACGUCCCGGAUUCGGUCAAGUCGGGCAUUGAAUUCGUGUUCGUCGAGGAGGUCCGACAGGUUAUACAUGAGGUGUUCAAGGGGUCGGAGUCGGCCAAGAGGUGGUUGGAGACAUUACCGGCCGAGAAGGAGCCGGAGCGGGUCAGCGUGCCAUGA